AUGAACCUAGAACUUGAACAGUGGCCAAGAUUAGAAAUUCGACCCUUGAAACCAGAAAUUACCAUAACUUACAUUGCCGUUUCAGCUAUAUUCUUUAACAGUGGACUCUCCUUAAAAACUGAGGAGCUGACAAGUGCUUUGAUGCAUGUGAAACUACACCUUUUUGUCCAGAUUUUUACACUUGUGUUCUUCCCAACAGCAAUAUGGGUCUUUCUUCAGCUAUUAUCAAUCACACCCAUAAAUGAAUGGCUUUUAAAAGGCUUGCAGACAGUAGGCUGCAUGCCACCUCCUGUGUCUUCUGCUGUAAUUUUAACCAAAGCUGUUGGUGGAAAUGAGGCAGCUGCUAUAUUUAAUUCCGCUUUUGGAAGUUUUUUGGGCAUUGUUAUAACUCCACUUCUGCUUUUGCUUUUUCUUGGAUCAUCCUCCUCUGUGCCUUUUACAUCUAUAUUCUCGCAGCUGUUUAUGACUGUUGUAGUCCCUCUUAUUAUUGGACAGAUUGUCCGAAGAUACAUCAAGGACUGGCUUGAAAGGAAGAAGCCUCCAUUUGGUGCUAUCAGCAGCUGUGUGCUCCUGAUGAUCAUCUACACAACGUUCUGUGAUACUUUUGCCAAUCCAAAUAUCGACCUGGAUAAAUUUAGCUUGAUCAUAAUAGUGUUCAUAAUAUUUUCUGUUCAGAUGAGCUUCAUGUUUUUGACUUUCCUCUUCUCCACAAGGAAUAACUCUACUUUCACACCAGCAGACACAGUGGCUAUCGUCUUCUGUUCCACACACAAAUCCCUCACCCUGGGGAUUCCCAUGCUGAAGAUUGUAUUUGCAGGUUAUGAGCACCUGUCCUUAAUUUCUGUCCCCUUGCUCAUCUAUCAUCCUGCUCAGAUUCUUCUUGGCAGCCUGUUGGUACCAACGAUAAAAUCCUGGAUGGUUUCUAGGCAAAAGGCACUGAAGUUAACCAGGCAGCCCAAAGCACCCGUGAAGCUCACGGAGUGUUAAUGUGAGAAGCCUGUAUCUUUCCAGCUCGGCUGUCUGGG